AUGAAAUUCACACUGCUCACACUCGUCACCGUCAUCGGCGCAGUAUCCGCCAUCAGCGUCGAUGCCGGUCUCAUCAAGAGACAAUGCAUUGCCAAAGGAGGUCUCUGCUCCACCAGCACCACAGAAGUUAACAAGCCGUGCUGCGGCGGCCUCGUCUGCAACACCGACCCCGCGCGCAACAACGCCAAGUGCGGGAAGAAGCCCGUGGAGAAGAGGAGCAUCGACAGUGCUGCAUCCAAGCCUCUGAGCAUACUGCGGGCCAUGCCUGAAAUUCCUCGCGAUGAGCCUAUUUGGGGAUAG